AUGUCGUUGAAGAGAUCCACUACACCAUUACGGGUUCCCCAGAUUCUUGGAGGCUCGCUGCAGAAGACCGAGCGCGACACAGCAAUGGGAGGCAGCAUAAUUCAGGCCAAGAAUGGAGACCGAGUUAAAGCAGUAACAACAAUACUUCCAAUUUCUUCUUGCCAUAAUGAAAUAGUCCAUUUGAUAGAAGUCCUAACCACACAAUGUGCAAAAGAUUUCUGCAGCAAAAUAUCCACAGGGAUUAAUUUUAAUGGUUUGCAGUUUCACUGUGUGCCAAUGCAGUUAGGGUGCCCUGGGUAUAUACUAGUGCGGCCUGGCUAUUACAGGUGGUGUCAGAUAUACCAUGUUGAUUUUCUAUACAGACGAGCUGUUCUGCUUAUGAAGAGAGAAGUAGUGGUUGCCCCACUCGCCCUAGUUCGCGUGAAUAGUUAUGCUAGCCUGAAUAGUAUCCUUGGAAACAUAUUCUAUAAGGAGAUUAAAGCAGUUAUGGCUAGUCCUGAGCUCGAUAUUUAUGCUUCCAGUCUUGACACAGACUCUUCUAACAAGUUAGUUACGACUCCAUGGCGUAACAGAUACCUCCUUCCUGCAACCUCUAACGACCACCUCUUUAAGCAGAAUCCCGUAUUAAAGCAUGGAGUAUGCCCAAAUGAGCAUCUUAUUACUUUGAUUAAGGUACUAGUUAAAAGGGAAUGGGAAAGGUUUACAGUAAUGUAUUCAUCGCGUAAGGGGUUUGUCCAGGGGCUAGAUCUUGAUAGUGUCGAGCAUCUAUUCAUUGACGAAUUAAAGUCUUCAAUAACAGGACUAGCACAUCUUCAGGAGGAUCAGUUCUCGCUCACUAACAGUUACCUAUUGGACAUAAUGGUUCCAAGCGUUUAUAUAUCAAAAAGCUUACUCACUUUUGCGCCCUCUGAGACGUCCGAGGAAAAUUCUGAAAUGGUAGUGAAAUACGAUCUAGAAGAUGCCGAGUUGCAUGGUCUUUCUUCAUUGUAUAAGUUCGUUAUUGCUAAAAGCAUCGUUGAGAACGCUCUAGAAACAAACAGACUUGAUACACGCCAUAGGUUUGAUCAUUUGCGCUUCUAUUCUAGACUGUCUCUAAAGCAUGCAGAGGGCGCACGCUUAUUUGUAGAUCCUUCCCAUAAAACCCUUUAUGGGGUUGAGCUUUUCUGUCUACCUCCUUGCUCUGUGCCACACUUUCAGGAUGCUCAUGACCGCCUUCUUUCUUGCUCUAAGUUUGAUCCUUUAUUAAUUGCGCUUCAGAAUAAGAUAUUUAGAAUCAUUGAUUAUGUCCUUCGUCUCCUUACUCCUCUCCCUGAUGGUACGCACGAGGUAGAAGAAGACGCCCUUGUAGAGAUUCCUCAUUUUAUCGUGUCAUCUCUUGCAACAGAGUUUUUUAUAGACGAGGAGCUUUGUACAGCAAUCAAAACUGAUCUGCAAAUUCUUCUGGAUAAAAGAGUUACUACAAUCUUACAUAAUACUUCUGCUUUAUCUUCACAGACGAAAGACACAGACUCAUUAACCUCUAACCUCAGGACUGCCAAUCAAAAGCCUGCGUUAGAUGUAUCCGAAUCUCUUGAACUUUUCCUACGGAGACACCUUUCAAUACUGUAUGAAACUGAAGCUACACCAGAGGAGCGCGGGUCUCUAUUAAUGGAACCUUUCUCAUCGUUCUUACCCAUAUCUAACAUGGCGGAACGGUAUUAUCUUGUUCGAUUAUACUUCGUAGAGAAGAUCAUUCCCUUGAUAUUAAGUUCAACAAUAGUUGCUCUUCUGCAGUCGAGCCUGUUGAAUUAUGUGGUAGAUAGCAUUGUUCCAACAUGCGUUUCAGAUAGUACCUUUUCUAUUGACUUUUCAACAAAGAUCAAACAGCUUCGUGUCAAAUCACUCAAAGAGGCCUCCGAGACGAAGAGUGACAGACGUGAUCGCUUACUUGCAUCUGGCUUGCCACUCUCCGUAAUUCAUACCGCGCUUUCUAUUCUAGCAGAUGGGAAUCAGGAUCUUUCUAGCGACGCCAUCCUAAUGAGAGCUUUCGAUCGCAUAUGGCCCCGCUUUCUCCGUACAUUGGUUGAACAAAUAAAGACACACAUCGGGAAUAUUUUUUUGCAGAUGCACGAGAUGUGGAGUCGUAAUCUUCUGGAUAGUUUGCUAUCAGUGACUGGCUUUCCCCGCCUUCAGUUUCGUACAGACUCAUCAAUGUACGCACCGUUCAUUUCAUCUACACUCACUAUUAAGAAUUCAAGUAUUGGCUUCACUCACCAAUCUACUUCCGUGACAGGUUUUGCUUGGUUACAACAAAGCCUUCGCGAGCUGUCAUUUUGCUUAUACACCACGGAGUCUUCUAUCUCUUCUAUCAAUUCUCUUGUUCUAGCGCCUCAGUUAUCGUUUGAUCCCACGUCCACCGAAAAAACUGCCAUUGUUUACUCUCGUCCCCUGGGCAAUCUUCUAGAUAGACGGACGCGGUCCUUGCUUUUCUUAGAUAAGUAUAGCUUUGAGGUCCCCACAGCCAGAUAUAUAUGCAAAGCCCUUCUCUCCAACGUCAAACAACUUGCGCAGACGGAUUCAGACGACUUUGCAUUCACACUAACACAAGACUUACUUCUGUCAAACCCUGAUCAAGAGGUGGACCAAUUUUUCUCGUCCUGGCUUGGCUUGAAACAGCGCCAAUCUAAUAUCUUAAUACCUCUAGAGCCUAUAGUUCGUCCUAGGAUGCAUUUGCAACUUCCUCCCCUUUGUCCGUCGUCCAGAACAGAAAAGCCGCCACAAAGCUCUAGUACAACAGCUAUGCACUUUUCCGAUGUAGAUAAUGAUCCUAUAUAUGCGAAGGACACUAUGGAUUCUCCGCUUGUCCUAACUGCGUUCAUUGCACCAUCUGAUACUGAUGUUGUUGUGAAGAAGCAAAUAGACACCCUAUUUGAGGCUCUUUCUAUAAAACUUGUAGAGCUUCUCUCUACAUGUAAUAACAUUAGCAGCUUCUAUCGAGCUUUUGAGCUCGUUGUAGACAGUGGACUACCAAACGUUAGCCUCGACGCAGAUGAUGUAAAAUCUGUCUACUCAGCGCCUCCUGAACACUUACUUAAAACACAAAUGCCCAGCGAAACUCCUGAUGACGAGACACAAAGCUUUGACACUUCUCAAGUACCUAAUCCUUAUACUAGCAUGGGCGAAGACAGUAUGAAGGUCUCGCCAGGAUUUGUACGUUCGCUGUCUGCUAUCGAAACCAUUGCUAGGGAUUACGUGAGCGUUAUUCUAAAAGGAGAGUCCCCUAAUGAGAAUAUUGUUACUUUGGCUAAUUCGUCGGGGGUCGAUUAUCUUGUACUUAUGGUGCAUAUAUCGGCUGAGCUGGUUCGUUCUAUCGAUCAAGAGAUACUAGAUGCUUAUGCCAUUUCCUCAUAUGUUUCCACUGGCAGUAUUACUGUUAGUCUUAUCGACUUUAAGCUUUCUCUUAUUUCGGCCUUUAUUACAGUACGCCAAAACAUUACCGAGUCCAUUUCAAAGAUUAUUACGCAAGCUUCUUCUUACAUGUUACGGGUGCUGCAGCUGACAGAAUCCGUGUUAAAUAUUACAACAUUAAACUUGGACAAGCUAUCCAAAAUCCUAGUUGUGAUGGAGGACCACGGGUUAUUUGUGAAGCAGUGGACUCCAGUUGCAUGCUACCUUUGCGACUUCCUUGGCCCAAUCUCGAAACUGAGCAACUCCUAUUGUCUUUCCACUUUAUAUGAUAUCAGAAAUUCAAUUACCCACACAAUCCCUACUGUUUUUGGACUCUCAGGUUCCUUUGAUCAAAACGAGACGACACCAAGGCCUCACCUGGCCUUGAGCCAGGCCCAAGCGCCUCGUCCAACUGAGCCAUCAAUUCUAUCAAGUAAUGAACUGCAUGUAGCAUUACAGGCGGCUGCUAAACUAGGUUGGGUGAACCAUGCCUAUAAGAAUGCACGAUUUAACUAUAAGCGCCAUAUUCGCGUUUUUUCACGAGUACUGUUGGUGUUUUCAGACUGGCUUAGCAAGGUGACCGGAGCUCUCUACGCAAUUUCGUCCGAGGUUCUUAAGAUGCAACUCUCAGACUUUCAGUUAGCGGUAACAAAUCCCUUACAAUUCAGAAAGAUGUUUCCAAUCUUUAGUAAAAACAUUGAAAUACCUUACUUAGAGACAAUGUAUUCAAAUUUCGAGGGGAACGACCUUCUACUUGUUACAGAGGUUAUAAAAACACUUCAGGCCUACACCUGCAUCCAUAUUAGUAUUAACUCAGAAGUAGUCAAUGGAUUCCCAAUUCUGAAUACUCAGUUAGCAUCUCAGGAGGAUCAGCCAGUUACUGCAGAUAAACAUACAGAACACCCUUCAUCUUUAGAACCAGAGCAUGGAGCGUUAGAGUUUCCUUGUCAAUUCACUGAAUAUCAUGUUGGAUGGCAGCUUCCAUAUCAAGGCUACAGGUGGCCCUAUCUCUAUUCUCGGCCGUGCCCAGACAGUGUGUCGGAGCAAUCUACUAGAGAGAGCGCCAUACAGGCUCCAACAUCGCCUUUGGAUUAUCUUCUGGUAACGGACUGUAACUUCGAAUUCUCUGAGAGGUCUGAUUUGUUUGCUUCAAGAAAUAGCCAAGGUCUCAUAGUCGCGUCAACUUACAUGCAUGGCCAUCUAUGCGACAAUAAGGAAUCAGACAUCCCUGUGGAUCAUCCAAGCUUGGCCCACUAUGAUGUUUUCCGCAUGUUCAUGGAGCUCUAUAUCUUGAUAGAAGAAAUUAAGAACGUCUAUCUGCGGGUUUCUAGUUGGAGCAGGGCACUCAAUAUAGACAUGCACCUAGUUGACUCGCCAGCCGAACUCGAAGCAGUAUUACUUCCGCUGUGUUUACUGGUAACUUCAUUUGUGAAACUGAACCAGCUCUAUAAGGCAGCUCCUUCAAAGGCACUGAUUGAUCUAGACGCCGGGGCCCUUGUUACUCUGCUCGAGAUAUGUGCUACGUCCAUCUCCACUAUUCGUUCAUCUUUCGUAUAUUCUAACUGGACCUCUACUGCCGAUCAGGUAGACUGCUAUCUGCGGGCCAUCACUCCUCGGCUCUUUCUGCUAUGCUUUUUGACUUCCCCUGACGCCAUUGAAGAGGAUCUAGCAGGGUUUGGUGAGGUUACCGGUCUCAACGCUUUCCUGAGGAGUGCACCAACCAUUCAUGCAGCUCCUAUCGAUACAUACUUCGAGCCUGAUCGUACGAUUCUCGUAGAGCACCUCUUCCUAUACGAUAAUACUGAUGCUAUGUUCGAAGCAGCCGCAGCCAUUUAUGCACGGGGCUUAGUUAAUAGACAGGCGAUGGUGACACUUAAUAAGAUUGAUGAUUGGAUUAAUGGCCUGAAUUUCCAGCCAAUCACACUGACUGCUUCACACAGGUCAGGGCACCUUUUAUCUGUACUCUAUGCGUUCUGGGGGAUCACUGGAAAAGGAGAGUUUUCAGACCAUACAAUUGCAAGCAAACUUGGUCCUGUCAUGGGAGGUAAGGCAUCAUCUCUUACAUCGCUUUUACAGAAAGUCCGCACUCUCAUACUUGCAAAGGAGAAAGUGUUAGAGGCUUACUCUAGUCGUUUGGGAAUACUAGCCGAUGCAGCUGAUGAUUCCUCUCUGGCACAACUAUCUAGUUUUGAGUGCAUCAGUGACGAUAUCUCCGUUGAUGAAGAGGCAGGUCGUGACGACAGCCUGUUUGCCAUGCAGUCACUUGAUCGAAACAAGGAUCUGUUUGCAGGAUCUAUCGUUCUUGCAUCUGAUGUACGGACACGGAGUCGUGCUCAGUCUAUAACUGGAAGCCUUGACCUUACUACAAAGCAACCAAACCAGCACGAUCAUCUUACAAGCAAGGAAUCCUUGUUGGGUGUACCAACCCUUGUAUGCUGUAAAAGACAUGUGGAGUAUAUACGAGAAGCCAUGUUUGCAGUUGCCUACAUCCUUUUCAACGACUAUUCACCGUCCACACAGACGGUUGCUCGAAGACUUGAAGCCGAGCUUAUUCUCCUUCACACGCUAGCGAUAUGUGUUCAGCGUGCAAUGACAAUUCUUCCUGAGCUUCUGCUCCUACUUCCGGAUCUCUGCAGUAUUUCAUUAGGAAGUGCCCAUCCACGGUUACGGAAAGCCUUCUUAUCUUCUCAAGACCCGUUGCUUGAAGUCGUUUCUCUUCUCAAUAUCAUGCGUCAACUGCACAGCCUUUGCAAGGAGUCUUCUGAGGAGAAUGCAUGCUGUCUAUCCGGUGAGAUAACCUCAUUGAGAGGAUCACCUGUGCAGCCAUCUCUGCUACCCACAGUGGGAAGUUUUGGACUUCUCCGGGGCAUAGUGCGGCGCUGUCCUUAUAUUAUCCGGUCGUUAUCUUUACAUAUAGCUCGGGCUGAUAGCAUUCUAGGAGUGUUUUCUGAUACAAUUCUACGUUUUCCGCUUGUAUCUUCUUUCACCAGCAAUCUUUCCUUAGAGUAUGCGUGCAUCCCUUGUAUUCCUGCUACUUACCAUGCCCAGGGCCAGCACCACGUUAGUGAUUUGAUUCGGCGGUGCCCACUUAUUCGGAGUGCGGUUCUCUACAACAACAUCUACACUUCCACCUCAGCAUUAGUUCCCUCUGGAAAGCUUCGCCCCAUUGUGUUCCACACAUCUAGCAGUGCAUUUAGCAACUCUAUUUACGACAUUAUGACGCUUCGGACCGGCACCGGCUCAUCGACUCGUCUACAGAUAACGGGGUUGUGCGCUGGGUAUGAGCAGCUGCGUUUUCUAAAGCCCAUAGACAUGCCAGACACGUUACCAGCUUUCGGGGCCUCCGUGUUUGCACCCUCUGUGCACCGUGCCGCCCUGAUUAAGGAGUACUUGAAGGGGCUUCGCCUCCUUAUGGAGGAGCGAUAUGAGGAGUUAGUAGGCUCAUGCCUUUAUCAGUGCGUUCAUUACGCACUAUCCACGCUUGUGUUUAUGCAUCUUGAUGGUUCUCCCGUUAAUUUUCUCCAGCUAUACUACAAAUGUAUGCCUGAGUUCAAGAGGGCCGUAGCAACAGUAGCAAUAGGAACAGCAACCGUACUCACUGAUAAAUCGCUUACUUCUUGCUAUUCACUUCGGAAUUACAAGCACGAUAGAAGGAUGUACAUUCAGGCACUACUGGCACGCAUUGCUGAACAUGAACGAACACUGCAGACUAUUAUGGAAGAUUCUCUGACAUUAUACAUAAUGCGGGCUAUUCCAAAUCUUUCUAGAGCAGCCACAGCUGAGAAGGUAGCAUCAUUUAUAUCUGAUGAGGGUCAGGUUCGAGCUGCAUUUACAGAGCUAUAUGCAGAUGCAAAGAGCCAAGCAUGUAUCACAGCUAUGUCGUGCGGGGUCCACCCAAAUGUGCAUAUGCAUCACAUAAUUUCAACGCUUCCAUAUGGACUUCCCACAGAAUCGGCUCUUACUGAAGCGUCUUCUUCAGCUUCCUGCGGCGAGUUGACAGACUGGCGCAAAGACAGAGUGUAUACGACUCAUAAUCAAAACUUCUUGUCUCAAAAGAAUGAUGAAACGCUUCUUGUCACUUGCGCAAAUGUUGCCAUCCCCAUCAUAGCGCAGUAUACAGGAAAAGCUUCCUUAUUGGAUUGUAUUCCUCUUAACUACAGGCAACUUCAGGCUGUUUCGCAACUGGGAAUAAGCAUGCAGAGCCGAAUACCGGCUUUCCUCGUUGGAGAUACCAUGCGUUCGUACAACAAUAUCGACUACCUUAUUAUUGUGCACACGCUUUGCAGGUAUUUUGGUAUGCGCUACGAGUUUGUUUUCUGUUCUCCAGCUACAGAUCCUGACGCUCUUCUUCAUCGCCUUUGCACAAGGAUCUUGGGAGGACGCUAUGUCGUUCUCUGUGGCGUUGAAUUCUUAGAAGAAUCUCAGCUGAAUGGUUUGAUUAAUGUGCUUUCCAGCUAUAAUUUGGCAAAAGGUGCUGUACCGACCGUAGAACAGGCAGAUACAGGCCCGCUGGACUUUUCUAUUCUUCAUUCCACAGGGAAGGAUGCCAUAUUUCCUGGUGGUUAUGCCAUCUGCCUUCCAGAAGCAGUAUAUGAAGGAUCUAAGCUUUCUCUAACCAUUCGGGGAGAGCGACUUCGAAAGCUUUUCCCAAUGCACAGCCUGAUUGAAAUAAAGGACUAUGGCACGCUAGUUCCAGUGAGCCUGCUUCAGCAAACGAAUGCGCUUCUUUACGACCUUUGCUUAGAGGCCCGCGCGUCUACCAACAACGUCGAUCUGCACUCACAUAAGAGCAAGGCCACUGAAGAACAGAUAACCAACUUCUUUGCAGAGAAAAACUUGUCUACAGAGUAUCGCCUAUCAGUCUCCGAUGAUAUUCCAAUUACUGCACUAAACUUUGAUGCAUUAUAUCCUCACUGUAACUGUAAGCAUCAGACUGAAGCCAAUCAGCUUGGCCAUCUUUUCCUGCAAAGAUCUUCUCAGUAUGGGCCCAAGCUAUAUGAAAUAUCCCUAUUCCUGAAUACGGCGGGGCUAUCUACUCCACAACUUCGACCGGAAGACGUCGAUCUCGUGCUUAAAAGAUGCAAAGAUAUGAGCAACCCUAUCUCUGUUGCAACGUCCCUGUCUGCCUUUCUUUUGUCUCAGACCACCCUUCGUCCCGCUAGAGACAUUGUUUCACGCGUUAUCGAGGGAGCGUUUGUACUUCAGCCGCAACACAAGGCUGUUCUCAAUUCAGUUGUUAGUCUGCUCAAUGUUCUGCAUGGCGUUCAGGAACCCAACGAUAUAGAUAUUGGCAUGCUCAUUUCACGUAAAACACACCAUGGCACUGACAGUAAUUUCACUGCAAAUAACAUCGCGAAAGUGUGGAAGACGCUAAAGCAGAUGUAUACGCCUACGUAUGCCGAAUUCUGUGAAACCCUCUCCCAGGAGUUUGCUCUUCUAGAGCCAGUGGGUAUCGACGCCUUGGCCCUCUGUUUGGACAUGCUCUCCCUGGGGCCUGUUGUCCUACUUCCUCCGUCAACAAGCGUCCUUCAGGGUACAAAAGGCACAGGGCUUACGAUCCCUCAGUUGUCAAAUAAAAGUGUUACAGCCCAACUAGUUAAGUCUAGGGCUUUAUCCAGCAUAACCCUACGCCAGUCGCAUUUUCAGCUUCUUGUUGUGUUUUCUCAGCUCGUUGCCAAAGUCGGAAAACUCAGACCUUUUUUUAUCCAUUCGUUGGCAGAUUUGCACGAGAACAUUCGAACUAUAAUGUAUCUAGGCUCCCAGGCAUUAUUGAUAUUCAUUUUCAAUCCACCAAGUGGUACGUUGGCCCGAAGCAUGCUUUCCUCGAUCACGGCUCUCCAGAGUUAUUAUCCAGAGCUUGAGCUGUACUACAACAUUAGAGCCAAAUUUGAUUUCUUUAACAAACCUCGCUGUCUUCUGCUAGUGACCGCUUAUGAAACUGCAUCCAUUAUUGGUUCGAAUGUAGGAUCUGUCCAGCGGCGACUAAUCGUAGUGCCUGAGUAUCUUAAGUUUUCCACCAUGCUCAAUAACUAUGUUGGAAGACACCUGCAUUUAGCCGAAGACGAACAGCUGACUGAGAAGUCGCGCAAGCUGUUCACAGUUACAUCCCUGAUAGACAUGAAGACAUCUGCUCUAUCCAUACAGUACCUUCAGUCGCUGUGUUCGCGACGAACAACUGCAGAGCUUAAAGGAGAGUGUCUUGCCGAAAAGCGAUUGCGUUUGGGCAGCAAAUUGUUUGGAGCCUUCAUAACUUGUCUAACAGACAACCUAAUGCGCAGGGAGUUUAGCAUCGUUCCCUCUCAUAUUGUGUGGACCCUUUAUCGUCAACUGUUAGUUCUGUUCCUGACUAGUUUUAGGGUUCUCGUACUGAGCCCGUGCCACCCCGAGGCUUACGCUACCUUCGAGCCAAUUCCAGAGGUUAUGAACACACAGCUUUAUCAGCUAGACUCAUAUCUCUCCUUGCACACAAUUACAUCGUCUACUCCUUUGGCCAAAUAUGAUAGUUACAUGCAGCUCCAGAGUGCACCGCGUACAGCGUUUUUCAGCGUUAGUUUUUCCGUUACCUAUCUCCAGAAUUUUAUCUAUGAGGCUUUGGAUAACUUGUCUGUCAUUAUCAACCUGUUUCUCCCCAUAUAUGCAGCUGUUUUUAAUGCACUGCAUGUCCUUCAUGUAAUGUAUUUUAAAAGGCCUCUGAACAAGUUAAGUAAGAUCUACAAAAAGGGUUUGGUGGAAUGUGUCUAUCGGCCCGAGAAAUUUGUGGCACAUGUGAUGUCAAUGUUUGCAGAUUCGGCGCAGCUUCUCAACAAAUCAGAUCUUGACGAUGCAAUGGCGUUACUUCCCGAUCUAUUCCCCGAGCAUUAUGCAGAUGAAGACGACGAUCUUUCAGCUUAUUCGUAUCUAGGUGUUUCAGACUCUGAUGGAUCCUUUCUAUAUUUUGUGGCAUCAGAUAAAGGAAGAAGGCUCUGUGUGCAGCAUUUUCCCUACAUGUGCUCUUCUGGAAUAUUUGCUGAUGCGUCUUUCGAAAGGCUCUUUGACCAGAGCACAACCCCGAAGCAUGAACUUACAUUAACAUUUGAUUGUGAGCGCAUCUUAUUUAUCGUCUACUUGUCCAGCUUUAUCAUGGCAAAGCUCUCCGUCUGUCUUAUUGGAGAGGCGUUUUCAGGGAAAAGCACCUAUAUAAGAGCCGCGGAGAUUUUCCUAGGCAAGUAUGUGUGGCGCGAAUGUGUUGCUCUUUUCGAUAUCGAUUCCUUUGAUGAAGUGCUACAAAAGCUGAUAAGUACGUGCUACCUGCACAACAUUCAAACGGCCCGUACUCAAAAGACUGCGAUAGAAGCAAACGCAUCCCACCAGGACGGUUCUGAAGCAGCGCAUUAUUCCUCAUCUUCCAAAGCAAAGAGAGCAAGAGCGAGUUCUGUUAUCGGUUGCCCUCUAUCUAUUCUUGACGUUACUGAGGAUAACACUCUGCUGGAUGAGACAAAGGAUAUCAACCAAAGCAUAAUUUUAGAUGUUCCAAGCGGCAAGCUGCCUCUUUACCACUUAACCGUAACGAACUUGCUCACAAGUACAAUCGCUCACCGUGUUUCCGACGAUGCCCUGGUUGCACGAGGCGCAGCUGACGAACAGAGGCUUUCUAUGCUGGAGUCUCUGGUCGCUAGUGCUUCAGAACCCCAGGUUGCAGUUCAGAACGACAGACUGUCCAUGCUUCUGGGAGAAAAGUAUAUUAUUAUGGAGAACUCUGAACGAUCCCCUGUGUGUGGUUUAACUGGUGUUACAGGGGCUCGCUUCUCUUCAGGGAUAUUUGUGCCAAACAUUUCCAUUGUGGUGGAGAGCUCUUACCUGUAUGACUUUUUCUUGGCUAGCGAACUCACCUUUGUUCUUCCACCAAUGAACAACACAAAGGAAUUUUUACUGCUGUUGUUGAAGCGCAACUUUCAGCAUCCGUCGCUAAGCAAUCUGGAUUCUUUUGCACCGAAGAUUGCUCAAGCUCAUGUGGCAUCUGCACCUCAGCCGCGUGUUUCCUCUGUACAUACUAAAAACAAAUACGACUGCAAUCUUUAUGUUGGAGUUACGGAACCAGAACAAGAGUUUCUAUAUGAGUACUCGGACUCCUACCUUCUGCAAUUCAUAGAGGGACUAUUGCUUGUAGAAUACCAUCUUCCUGUCUCUAUUCUCAGGGUUAUCUCUGAGAUGAAAAGAUUGCAAAAGUACAUUGAUUCUGUAGAUCUAGAUAACAUUCAAUUGAGCGCUGUGACCUUAGGAUCGCUUAUGGGUGCACUCCGCAAUAUCCCUGCUGUUAAGCAUAGCCACGUGUCUUGCAUACUGGAUGAACUGGCAUCUGCCGUGGCAAUAGGCCGUCUGGCGCCACAUGGGCCAUAUGGACCACUAAAUCCAGAAAACAUGAGCAAGUACCUUCGGACCAAUACGCUCAUUUCCAUGAGCUCCCAUACAGGGGUCCAGGCACUUCCCAACUGGGAACUUCGAGUUCUUAAGGCAGUGUUUAAGCGAUCAUUUUGUAACACAGGAACGUCAUCGUCUAAUAUUUCCAAGGCCCCUGGUGAUAUAGAUGGCACCCUUAUAGACUCUCAGAAGUUUAAGUCUGGCUCCAGCAUAAAGAGAUUUCACUAUUCAGGUGACAUUGAGCUACUCAAUGAUGGGGGAAAAUAUAAGCAUUUUGUGGACGCAUGUGCAAGAGCACGACAGCAUUAUGCUAAGCUGCUUUUUUACAAUCCACACAACAAUUCUAUCAAUCGUCAAGUUUUUGAGGUACACUCGUCUGUGGUGCACGAGUGUUUACUGGAUGCCAUGGACCCCACUGUUUGCAAUAGAGUAUUCACCCUUACCAUAGAUAUAUCCAUGCUUAUGGAGCAGAAUUCCUUAAAGGUAUUUUACUAUAUUAAGUACCUAAGAAAUCCGGGAUUGUUCUCUAAGCUACACUCUCCAGCAGACGCCAAGAGUAUGCAGGCAUUAGCACUGCGUGUGCCAGUAUUCCUGAUGUCUCAGCUAGAGAUGUCGGGGACGCUCUACUCCUCGUUCUUGCAUGCGCUCCAAACUAUGGGGAACUAUAGGAUUUCCAAUCGGAAGACGUUUCUAAAAGUCGCACAACAGACCUUUUCUUCAGACAUGGAGGGCUUUGGUAUUGACGCCGAUUCACAAGCCAACAGCUUUUCCUGUUCCCGUAGCGUAACUUCUCUGCAUCAAACUAUCUCCGGUCGAAGUCUUUCUGAGUGUGAUGGGCCACUGUUAGCUCAUGCGGCCAAGAACUUCGAUCUCCGUGCAUUUCUCUCCAUCACUGAAGAACCUACAGAGAUAGCCAUCAAGCGGCGGCAAAGAAUUCUAAUAGAUACACAGACCAUGAUUCAAUCGCUUAUGCACCAAACUGUGGGAGGAUCAGAGUCGGACUCUGAGCCUGAGCCAAAUAACAUUACUACUUCGUCCUUGCAAUCAAGGCCGGUGACUACAACGGUAGCUUCCGAGAACCUUAUGAUAGAAUUAACUGACGCCCUUGUUUCGACCCUCACUGCCAAGAGCGAGGCGGCUGCAUCCCACUAUAUUAUUCGAGCUGCAGUUCUUAUAGCAUUAGGUAUUAACCCGCUCAUUGCCUUCCAGGACUUUACACCCACUUCGUCAACGUAUCUAUGUGAUCGAUGUUCGUCCACAAUUCCAGACUACCUACUGCACUACAUCAAUAGGGGUAGUCUCGAAAUCAACGCAGAGGAAUAUACUGACCUCUUUCUCUCCACACCCACAGAUAUUAUGGUGACGAUCCCUAUGUCCUUAUUUAAUGCUCUCCUUAACAAAUCUCCUGCCAUUGGUAUCCUUUCCAUAGUAGAGUCUGGUAGCAGUCUAUUGUCCCUUUUCACAAACGGAGAAGUUCGAGUGCUGGGUGCUCUCUUGGCCAAGUACUUCUGCCUCACAACCAUGCUAUCUGGGAAGGAGAUUAUCAACAUCCUCUCUAGAUCCUUUUCGCUGGUGGUAUUCGCAGAUACUAGCGUUGAUCAUCCUCUUCCAUUGCAAGAGCUUCCGGUCAUACGGCACACGAUUGAUGAGAACGAUAGGAUACAUUCGCUGCAAGUAGGGACUGCUGAGAAUAUACUACAAGGCUCAUACAAGGCGUCUGAAACAGCAACGCCCAGUCUGCAGCUCGUUAGGGCAAUCCCUUACUUUAUUCUAUCAAAUAUUCCAUAUAAUCUUGACCCUAAGCCUUUUAUCACACAGCACGAGCACUCAGAAACCCCGCUUCACGAUGCAUAUAGUAGUAUGUACUGCGAGAUCUUUUGCCAAACUACACUCUGCAUCUAUAAGUGCUGCAUGCAGAACGUCUCACAUUCAAUCCCAUACAGUCUUGCGCGCUUCUCCGAAGUUGCAAGCUAUUACACAAACGAGCUUAUUGCAAAGCAUUUGAAGACAAUCACAUUUAUUCAAAAGAUCCUGUCCAGCAUCACCCUUUUUGAUAACGGCAUUCGCAAUGGCUUGUUUUCGCCCUCUAUCCGCAACGACAUCAUUUAUCUCCGGGACCAGCUUGUUUCCAUAAAGCUUAAGGUUAAGCUGGACUUUAUUCGUGCCGUGAUCAUGCUUCAAAAUGCAUGCUGUGAUGGACCGCUUAUUGCAGCCAGACUGCUAUUCUACCCGUUCAUAACAUCCAUUUGGGGCAAUUGUGUGCAGUUUGAACUGGGCUUGUUUGAGUGUCUCAAGAAUAGAAAGAUUAUGAAUAAUUCCCUAAACACCUCCUACUCUGACAAUAGCACGGUAAUGCUGCAAUCUUUGUUUAAUCUUUCAACCAGCGACGAGUUGAUCCAACGGUCAGACAUGCUUUCCAACUACGGUCUCCCUUCACGGUUGCUCAUGCUUUGCGAGGACCUCAUGUGGCCCAGGUGGAGGACGCAACUUACUUGCUCACUAUGUAAUCCAGAUCCAAAGUUGAUUCAAGAAAUUAUUAUACUACUACAGUACAUCAAGUUUGGGUUCAAGUUCCUCUUUGUGACAAGCGAUUUGGCACGCAUUAUAAUACCCGCCUGCGAAGUGUACUUAUUAGAGGCUCGUCUCGAAGACUGUAAGCAGCGGCUAUCGGCCAUGGGGGUUAAUGUGGAGCAAGCGCUAGAGAAGUACAAUGCGACGGGAGCAAUAAACGCUACCAUCGAGGAUCUAGUGCUCGGUACACAAGGCAGUCAUGGCGACACUGGCAAGAGGCCUGAAAAGGGCGUUGCCCAGUACAAUGAGAUGCACUACCUUAUAGCUGAGCUUGAAGAUCUUCUAAAGCAGAUAGCCAGUCUAAAAUAUUCGGCGGUGUCAUACAAAAGGCUACCUUCAAACGUGCGUUUUGGCGCUCCAUCAACUUGCUAUAACUAUCACGAGGUCCGUAGAAAGCUUUUGAUAUAUUUAGAUUGUCACCUUCCGCCACCCAUAUUUGAGGCUCUUCUUAAGCAUGCACUGCUUCAAGACAAGCCUAUUGUAUUUCUGAACUUUGGAUCUGCAGCAAUGCCAAUGCUCAACAUGAUGAUACUGACAAAGCUAGCACUGCUUAUCGAGUCCAGAUUAACAAAGAGAAAUGCAAGAGUGUCUGUGACAACAACAUACUCAGUAGAUAUUGUCCGCCCGUUGCAUGACUAUAGAAUAUACUAUGUCCUUACCACAGGAGCUUCACUUAAGUUUCUCUUGGAAACAGGUUUUAUCAAUCUUCGUAACUGUGACAUGUCUACUCUGAACGCUCCCAAGUUCCAGUUUAAGUCUAACUCGCUCAAUCUUCUUAGGAUGCAAAAUCCAUCUGUGACGGAACAUGAGCUGCAGUACAAGCUUCGCGAAAUAUCAGAAAAGUUCUCAAGCGUGUACUCCCUUUAUGUUAACGGAUUUGAUGGUCUUGAGAUAGUUCGCCGUGAGAGCUGCCUUGAAUGCUCUGACAGACUUCACAGGAAUAUCGAGAACAUCGCAAACAAUCUCGAGAAGUAUAUACUUUCCAAGAAGGAGAUCAUGAGUCGCUUGGUCAAACGUGAAGAGUCCAAUGCUGUUUUUGUUCAUCUACAGCAUGCAUCUAAGGACAGUGAGGGCUUUGACUUUGCCGAAAUGAAUCUGUACUGCAUUGGAGUAGAACGCUGUAUAGAGCAUAGAGAGGAGCUUGCAAAGAAAAUCGCGGAAAGCUCGACAAUAAGCGAAUAUGCCAAAUACUUUGGAACAGCCAUUACAAGCAUACUCUUGCUGUUGAGGCAGAUGUCCCUGAUUCACCCAAGUAUUGCGACUGUUUUCACCGACCACUUCUUUGAGUGCCACCUUUCCUAUCUUGACGACCACGUAGGGUCCAAUCCAUCUCGGGCCUUCACUGCCAUUGUCAAUACUGCACACUACAUCUUAGAGAAUACUGUCUUACUGCUACCAGAGCGAGAACGGGGGCUCUACAUCAAUCUUUUCAUAUCCAUAUACAAUCUGUGCUUCAAGCUAGGCCAUCCAGACGAUUUGACUCAGCUCAAGAUGAUACUAGUCAAUGACAUAAGGUUCUUGGUCUCCCAUUUCUCUGACAAGUUUAAUAGCCAUUUGCCUCUCUACAACUAUGCCCGCCAGAUUGCAGCAAGCUGUCCCACUUCUUUUCGAUGCAGCCCCACCGUGGUGUACAGUUGGAAGCUCUUCUCUUUGCUCUCCAUAUACAAUCCUCGACGGUUUUCUGACUGGUACGAGUACUUCACUCAUAACAAGGCUGUCUUUACGUUGCUAAACUUUGCGGGAGACGCUUACAAAAUGAUAGUGGGUACGUAUCUAUACAAAGAGAGGACUGCACAAUCCAGCGACAAGGUUAAGCAAGCGGAGCUCGGCAUAGCAGAGACAAGCAAGAGUGCAAUCGCAGAUGCCAUUGACCGUACCGCUGGCGAUGACAUCAACCUAGAUGCCACGGUAGCGCAAGAGAUAGAAGAGGGCAUGAGGACUCUGAAAACGACGCAUGUUCCGAUUGUCCCGCCCUAUGUGCAUGACGAGUUGGCAGCGUACAGCACACGGUUGGUUCCUCUGCCACCUAGCCUGCAGUAUCCCAGCUUUGAGAACAUUUGGGUCGCGCUUCUCCUUAUUGUAGCUCUUCGACAAGAUCUCAUCCUUAGCACAAUGGAGUUCUUCUGUAGGAUAACUCCACCAUCAGCAAUUCAUAAGUUUCUUCAGGACGAUGCAUCCCUGCGCGCUAAAGCAAAGGCAGACUGGUGCUCAGCUAACAAUGAGGCCGAGCUCCUGAGCGACGGCCUUCUUUCGCGAGUGGCCAGUGCAACAGCGGUAGCGAUAGAUGCAGGUAAUUUACAAGCCGAAGGGAAAGAGACUCAGACGAGAGCUGUCGGCGAUGCCGAUGGACCCCUUGACCUUUCAGUCAUAAAUCCAGCCAAUUUGGACCAUGUGGCACAGCUAUUCAAGAAUCUUCAGGAAGAAUACAAUUUUGAGGCAACACAACAGGUAUCAUUGGGCCGCGGCUCGCGCACCGUUUUACUGUACUAUGACGAAGGCCUGGCAAUCCUUCCAUAUCUGCAAGCAAUUUUUUCAAAAGAAAUUAUACCAAAGUAUGGCUUUCCAGACUAUGUUUGUCAGCCAGCACCUGCCACCUCGUAUUUAGCCACUAAUGUCGUAAUAGUUGAUAUACGGUAUAACCCUCAUUAUUCAUUAGCACACUUAAUAGACCUGUACAGUUCAGGCGUCAAGCCAGCGUAUCUCGUGUAUGUCCUUGUUCCUUUGUCUUGUUGUCAGAAGUUUGGGACAGAAAGCGGAGCUGCAACUCCGGAAAACAUUAGCGUGCAGCUUGCCGUCUUUAUUGACAUUUGUAGACCCGUCCAAUUGUAUGUGCAGCGACCUACAACAUUCUUGGAUGCCAUGCAACAUGCAAUCAGUACUAUGCGAAACUACACACUGUCCCAUUCAGUUGGCUGCUCUGUCUACGAGUCUUCCUUUGUCAAAGCAUUGACGCUCCUCGCCAUUAGAUACAGCAUGCUGAUCAGUAAUGGAAUGUUCAAGGUAGAUGACAAUGAAAUGCUCCUUUUGUAUGUACACCUUAUAUCGCAACUGAAAACGCUGCCACUCGCUAACCAGGGUCGUCGGCUCUUCUUUACUAAAAAACAAGGAGCUGCUUCGCAUAUCGCAAACUUGCCAAUGAUAUACUCUGUUCUGUGUCAUACGUGUUCUGAGAUAAACACCAGUUACGUCCUAUCUAACCUCUAUUCCUUGAUAUAUCGCAAGUCCUCGGCUAUAUUGAUUGGAUCACCGAUUAAUGCUUCUGUCAGUGUUGCAAUAAGCUACCUGAAUAGUAAGUCACUAAACGUAGCCUCAUUCUAUGAAGAGGUCCCUACAAUCACCCACGAUCAAGCGGAAGCGGAACGCACUGAUUUUGAUCCAUCACUAACCAGCAUACACAACAGUGAUGUGGAGAUCAGCAACUCCAGGUCGGUGUUCUCUUCUGCUGAAUCGUCCAUUGACGAUGUAUCUAUGUGUUCUUUCAAGACAGAUUACACUUACGCAGACCAGCGCCAGGUGGAUGGAGCCCCACAGGCUACAAGUGCGCGGCUUAUGACGUUAGCAGGGGACGAACUGAACGCAAACGUGUUGCUCAAUGCCACUGACCCAGAUGGAUUCAGAUCCUAUUCUCGAGCAGAGCUACAAAAGAUUCUGAGUAGUCGGCGCCAUAUGGUGACAAUUCACGCAUCUUCGAGGAUGGAUGCUCUACUGCAUUUUCCGGAGACUAUGUCAGAAAGAACUCUGAUAGAUUUAGUGGAAAAAAUUAAACUCAUUACAAUGGACUUAGAAAAGUUUGCCAUGAAACAUACCAACGUUGCAGAAAUAAUACGGACUCAAGAACUACAAGAACGGCUGGCAGAUACCCUUCAACCGAUAUGCUUUUUGCGGCCAGAGCUAUCGAGAUGCCAAAGUACUGUUCGUGAUGCAUUCAGUCUCAUGCUAUCAACUGACGUAAUAUCCAACAUAGCUUCACACUCUAUACACAGCAACGCUUAUUCAUCUGUAGAAGUUGACCGGGCCGAGAAGGCCUUACCACCAACACUUUACGCUGUCCUGUUGCUCAGUAAGACCUAUCAAAGGGUCAGAAGGCUUACAUAUGGCUUCACAUCCAACUCGUUGGUAGAGCAGUCUCAUCCAAUCAAAGUGCUUUCUGAAAACAUAUGGUCUGUUCGCGGCGAUAUCUAUCAGCCGAUCAUGCAUGACAUCCUCAAGCUUUUCAAACUCCAGAUGUGUCUGAAAUAUAACCUGGAAAUGGGGUAUUAUUCCAUUGUUUUUACCCUUCUGGACCCCACGUAUUAUAGAGAUUGGUUUUUGCGAUAUGAUGGGCAAAAUUGCAUUCAAUGCUCUAAGAUAGAUAACAGAAGACAGAAGCGCAAGCACACUAUGCCGCUUGCCACCGUCAGGGUCACAAAUAUGCGACUGUACGGGAUUGGAUAUGAUUAUAUGCUAAAUACAAUCGUGGACAUAAGCCCAGAGAGUCUGAGCUAUCCGAACAACUGUGAUAUCUAUGCAAUCCUCGUCCCAUGCGAGAGCUCAUCUAGCUCAAUGCUUCCAGACUCUGUAAAGACCAGAGAUAGCUAUCUCAUGAUGUACGAGGCACUGAGCUACUCAUCAUCGCCACCACAGAGUGAGGAGGAAUUGGCUGAGAUUGAUCAGAACUUCGGUGUAGAUCACUACUACGAAAAUACAAUUCAACACGUGACAAUACCAGUUGAUUUCCCUGGGUGCUGGGAUCUGAUUCUCCAGAACAAGACAUCCUUGAAAAAGAGUGACAUCGAUGCUAAGUCCCCAUAUUGUGGGACGGGGUACUUUUAG